GCUUGAGUGUAAAAUAAACAUCGUCCUCGUCGCACAGACGUUGUAUAAAGUAGAAGUACGGUUCGACAUCGACUUUCAAAACAUCCACCUCUUCGUCGCACAGACGAUAAGUAGAUUCGCAUUUUUUACUAUCAAAGUAGCACAAUUAGAUUUAGAGCAUAGAUUUGUUCUUGUUGUAAUCAAGACGAAAGAAUUAAUAUUUACGUGGCAGAGGCUUGUUGUAAUCAAGACGAGGCAGAGGCCAAAGUAGCUCUGCCAAGCUGUCCUUUUUCUUGAAAUAGCGCUAACCAUGUGAGAGGAAGUACCAACUUCCAAACGGUUCCACAUGACCUUCAACAACAAACAAACAAACAAACAAUUAAUAUUUACGUACGAAUCGCAUUUCGAGUUGUAGUAAACAGAUUAUUUCUUUCUUGUUAGCUCCCAGCACGGCAGGGGCGCCGGUGGACAAGAACGACAAGUAGCCUUUCGCCGCGUUGUGAAGGCGCUGCGUAUUAACAACUGCAAUUAUUAUUUGUACGAAGAAGAUCUUCCUCGUCAGGACAUCUGAUUGUUGCUCUUUAUUCGAACGAUUGUAAGAUACAUACCAGCGGCAGCAGCUCUCCUAGGGCUCGGUGUAGAAUAAAGAGCUACUACUUUAUCGAACUAUUAAAAAAAGCUAAAAAAUAAUAAAAGAAAAACCCAUGGUGUGGUCAAGAGGAACUAAUAGCUCCGUGUCUGUGAACAAACCUGCACAGGCGAUGCAGCUUCUUCGGACUGUGAUGCUGCUCACGACGGGGGCGUUCUUCUUCCAGUUCUCCUCGUCGUGGUCCUGCGAUCCUUUUGCCGCGAAUUUUUAUAGCACUGGUGCGACGUCUAGUACCUCGCUAUUCUUGUUCGCGCACGCCUACAUGGACUUGCCAGAUCAGGGCGACAACCUGAGGAAGGGUUGAUUCCUGGGAAAUGCAGUUGCGCAGAGCUUCAGAACCAGAAGGUGCAUGAAACGGGUCCUUCUGCAGGUCUUCUUGCAGUCGUGCCCACUGCUCCGACAACUUCCUCGGGAAGGGCAUUUAAUAUGUUGGCAUGUCUGGCGCUGAAGCGGCUCACCGGGAAAUACGCGUAUGCGGUCGCGAAAAGUGCGCUGUUGAACGAGCUAGCGGGCAACGUGCCGCGGAGCACUAGUUCUAGCGCCGGUGGGACGAGCCAUGAUAGUACUAAUCAGGCUCUGCGCACACGAGAGAAUCAGCUGCGGCAUCAGGCUCCGCAGAAUGAGCUGCGGGGUCUGCUUUCUAGACUGGCAAAGCAGCAGGGCGCGUUGAGCUACAAAGACUUGAAGUCUUUAGGGACGUAUAGAGCCGCGUUCAAAAACAUCACCAAAGCGGACCAAUCUCUCGCGACGCAACUCCGCAGCGACAUUGUAACGCAGAAGCGUAAUGGGGGUGUUCAUGCCCUGCGGUUUGCAACAGCCACCGCAACCACGUGGUUUAUCAGAGAAGUUCUUGCGCUGGUGAAUCAGAAGAGACAGGGCCAGCAGGGCGUCGAAAACAACAACCUACAUGACUAUUUUCUGGAAACCUUCAAACUGUGGCUCGUAGCGGAUUUUCUGGCCUACAAGGAAAAGAUGUUUUACCAGGGGAAAGGCACUACCAAGUCCGCCGAGCAGUGGAAGACGAGGCUUUUUGGGCAGCCGCCGGAACGAUGGCCGGCGGAGAAGAAACGGGAGGAACUAUCGCAUGCUUUGGAGAACACUGACCAGUGGCUGCAAAGUCUGACGGAACCGCGUCAGCAACAAGCUGAUGCCGAAUCUACUUCGGGAGAGAAACCGAAGCUUGUCGAAAUUUUCGAGAAAGAAGUCGCGGAGAUUUUGACCAAGGGCGGGCUACCAUGAAAGAGGGCGAAGGCCUUCGCGGGGUACCUGCAGAUUGAGAAAAAUUUGGUGAAAAUCGACUGGGAAAAACUCACGGGCAAUAGUCUGGCGAAUUGGUACAACGCGGAUCCGCGCGCGGCGGCAGACAUGCUGGCGGAGGCGCGCGGCGCAGAGGUCGAGCGGGAGCCGCAAACCGAAGGAGCGGCCACUACGACGAACACAUCAGCAGUGCACCGCACACGCCACGGCGACCGUGUUGCUCCCGAAACCGCGGGGAAGGUCUUUGGCGACGAUUUUCCCGACGCCAAGCACCAGACCCACAGCAUCCGGGCACAUCAACGCGCGCAGCGAGGCGCCGGGAGGGCGGUGGCGCCAGUGGGAGGUGAUCCGUUUUCCAACUAAGAAGUACUGCUAGGGUGCGAAGGCGCAGCGGCGAUCGGUUUUUUUUAGUUCCAAAGAACAAGAAUAACAAAGACAAUGGCCACAACUUUCGCAAGAGAACAGAUACAGAAGGAGAAGAAGAAGCGAACUACGCUACGUGAAACGAAGGAGUGGAGUGGAACUUUCUCGGUUUCACGCAGUGCUAUGCUGGUGUUUUAUUUUAGGAGCGAGGAGUAGUACUAGUAUUUCUAUUUCACGCAGAGUUGUUGUAUCACUGCGUGAGCGUGAAAUAGUUAUAUUUAUUGUUUUUCGAUUUAUGAAUCUGUUUCUGUAUGAUUUGUUGGCCGCAAGAACUACAGCAGUCGAAUCUGUUUCUGUAUGAUUUUUGUAGAAAAGACUUCCAGAAAAAAGAUAGAAUAAUUAAAGCUGUCGGUUUAUGUUGUGGUGACGCUGCUGGUGUUGUGCGCAACAUGAUCUUCAUGUACUCUGAUCCUGUAUUACUUUCGGUUUCGUGAGGUCUGUGACCCUCGAACAUUCAGGGUGCACUUGUAAAAUUAUCAAAAUGUUGCAUGUGUAAAAUCAUCAUACGAAGUACUUAGUAUAGACUUGUUUCUCUACGUGGAAAUCGAAAUGAAAAAUUUCGGCUGCUAGUAUUUGUAACAUACACGAAAUCGGAUGUUGGAGUUGGAAUCGCUAAGCAUAAAAAGAAUGCAGCAGAAGACGUAUUCCGUCGAAGAUUCUGCAAUAAAACUACUAGCUGUAUUGUACAAUUUUAGCCUUGAAUGAAGAUGCACACAGAGAAAGAAAAACCAGGGGGUCGUUCUCCGAGAAGCAAACGUGUAAAAUGUCAACAGAAUACGAGAAAAUAAAACA